UAGGGUGUUCAGGUUUGGGGAGUCAAAUAAGAAUAUAUGAUUUCUACGUAGAUUUCGGCCCAAAAAAUCGGAAUCAAACAAUAAAUCGUCCUUCAUUGCUAAUAAAUUUGGAAUUUCACCGAAAUAUAACCGUUUUUAUGUGUUAGUACUAAUUGACUCUUUGUAGCUCAAAUUGUCUAAUGUUCUAAAAAUUGGCAAUAUGAACCGAUCCUUAUGACAUUUGACAUUCACUUCAGCAGUUUUCGAAAUGUCACAGACGCCGCAUCAUUCAUUCCGAGAAAACAUACAGCGUUGUGAACACCAAGUCAACAAAUUGAAACUCUUACAUUUUAUCUUACAAUUUAAACUGGAAAUUUACGCUGCAAUUUAAUUUAUCUACGAUUUUGCUGGUAUUUCAUUUCGUAUUAUUUUCGAUUUACGUGCGUUUUGUAUCGAUUUGAUCCGGAGUUCACAUUGAAUUCAAUUCGCCAAAGUUAGGACAAUGGCGAAUCGUUUCAAGCCAUCAAUACCAGCGGAGGGAGAGACGAAAGAUGAAAUUACGACGAUCAAAUGUGCGCUAAAGACAAUCAUUCGCCCACAAUACCAGCAAGCAUUGAUGAGCAAAAUAACGGAUCUGAGUUUGCAAGCCACUUCCAUUUGUGUUUUGGGCUCAUUGCUGUUCUUGUUUGAGGUGCAAAAGGCGUUCGAAUAUAGGCGUCGAGAACAAUAAUUUCGCAUUGUUUGGUGGAAGUGGAGAAGAUAAGAUCAAACUCUGCUUUGAACAAGUGCUAUGGCACAACAAUCAGCCACCAAAACCGAAGUCAAGGUAUAAACCAAGCGGAACAAAUCCACGGGGACCACGAGCAGAGCUGCCACGUAUCGAUCCUGAAUUCAAGGCAAUUGUCGAAGGUCUUGACGACUAUCAUCGUAUCGAUUGGCCCAACAACAAAGAUUUCAGCAAUGGGCUUAAGCAUUUGACCAAUCAGUACACAGAUAACGUCGUCACCAAUCUUGAAACGCAUGCUAACAAACACAUCACCCAGUACUUGAAACUGAAAGUGUUCGAAUUGAACUCAAACUUGGAAGAGGAUGGAGAGAAAUUUUUGCCAAGUGACAUCGAAAAUGUUGUCAAGUUGAUCAUCAAGCAAAAAGAUAUCAAAGUGCCAAGUCGCGAUCCAAACAAACUCGUACGGUGUGAGGUGUUGUAUGAUAUCGUGAGAGAUUGCAAUGUGUUCCCAGAAAUCGAUCUGCAUGACCUUACAACUGACCCAAAACAUUGGUAUAAGGCCAUGCCAAUGUACCUAUCCAUGCAGCGCGAGAUAGAAGAGUACAAUUCGGAGUGGCCACAUCAGCGCCGACCCAAACGCAAGAAAAGAAAGCGAAAAAAGACAAAAGGAAAAUGGAAACGCAAGCGCAGCCAAAUGCUCGACAACCCAGAUUUUCGGCCAUUGAUUCGAAAUUUAGUAGUGGUGCCGAUGUGUGAUUUCCGGCGUACGCACUUCAAAAUCGAUUGUUCAUCCAUGCACCAGGUGUUGUCUUCGCAAAAAUUGCUACCGAAAGUGGAAAUCGAGAAUAAAAAAGGAACAACAAGCACGAAAACGAUUCAACAAAAGGAUUUCAAUCAUUCGAGAGAUUAUUGGUGGAAUCAGUAUUUUUACAUGCGAAAAAUUCGACGAUUCGUGCGUGCCAAAAAGCAGUUUGACUAUUCCAUAAACACCGAUGGAAUCUCUGUGUCUCUCCAGUACUCGGCCAAAAAGAAGACAGCCAACAAAGAAAUCGACCAAAAAUCUCGCAUCAUUCAGAAGAUUGAGGAUGGCACAAUCAAAAAUUUUUCGGGCGUUGAUACAGGUGUGCGAAGUUGGAAUACCACAACAACACACGACAUUGAAACUGGCAAAGAAACCAACUUUGUAAUGUCGAGCAAGCAAUUCCACUGGCAAACAGGUCAAAAGGUGCGAAAUGCCAAAGCAGCGCGAUGGACCAAAAAUUUCGUCGAAAUGGAGCGCGCAGACAGAGAAAACCGUGAUCUGUAUCCAGUGAUGCCGUCGCCAAAAGGGUCAAUGUGGCUGAACUACAUCAAACACCGAGUCAAGAUGAUGAAGCAUGGAAUCUGCGCUUACUCGACUGCCAAAUACACUCGACUCGCCUUGGACAAACACAUCAAGAGCAGUAGUGUUGUCGACGAAUGGGUGAAUAAGGUGACCGAUAAGAAACCGACUCUGUUCUUUUUUGGUGCUGAUGGCGAAAUACCACCUGAUAGCCCAAUAAGUAUCAAGAAGCACGUGCGCUGCCCAGGGGUUCGUUUGACUUUGAGGUCAAUAAAGAAGCGCCGAGAUUGUUUCAUACAAUUGGUGGACGAAUGGGGAACAUCUCAAACAGACGCAAGAUGUAUGAAUCGAUUCCAAAACCAGAACAAAGCGGCCAGAUUCAAGAAAUGCCGAUGCGUACCCGACGCCAGAACAUUGCUGCCAACGAAAAUUGUGUCAAAGUUGGGCAAAACGGAUCUAUCGAUCUACCGACAGUUGCAACGCGCCAUGAACGAAGAAGCAUUGGUAGGAGACGAGCGUUUAUUCCCAAAAGUAAAAUGUUACUACAAAAACUGGCGAUUAAACCUCGAAUGCUCUGUGAUUUGGCAUCGUGACGUCGUGGCUGCUAAGAACAUUCUACUGAAAGGACUAUGGACAUUACUGGGACUUCCGAUACCAGAGGCGAUCAAUAGGUAUUGGCGCGAAGCUGCUGAAGCAGCCGCUGCUGUUGCCGCUGCUGCUGCCGCUAGAGCAACCGCUGAAGCAGCCGCUGCAGCUGUCGCCAUCGUGGAUAAUGAUGUAGAAAUGUUCGAGUACGACCAGCAGCCAGCUGAUCAUGCUGUCUAAUCAGCACAUUGCAAACAAAAAAAAAACAAAUGUAACAUUAGUUAUUAAAGGCUAUCCCGAUCAUGUGGGAUAGUUGCGUUGAAGCAAGUUGACUCCCCAUCUGGUUGAUGUUAACUGCGCAGGAGUACUCUAGUGGGUCGUUUAGAUUAGCUGAACACCCUAAUGUAUAUCAGUGUAUGGUGGAUUACGAUAACAGGGGAAAUCAGAAAAUUGAAAUAUAAAAAUAGAACAAGAUGCUUUCCGCAUCAGACGUCAUUUUGUAAUAAGUUUUAUAUACAAUGUUCAAAGUGUUAGAUCGUGACGUUAUUAACAGUUUGAAUACUUUGAAAUAGCAUCGUCACUUGUGUCCGAUAGUUGAUAGUUUCUUGAAUAUUUCUUUGGAAUUUAGCGCACUUAUUUAGACAAUUAAAUUAUCAACCAGACGUGAAAGAAUAACAAACAGUCUGGCAAGGAAUGUAGUUUUAUGUUGAUACUGAUCAGACGAUCAUAAGCAUUGACACAUGACCCAUUUUGAAACUUUGUUGAAACAAAAGCAAACUAUGUCGUGUCGUCUCUUUAUCAUUACAACGUAAAGAAACAUUCUCUAUCGCUCUGAAACAUUGUUUAUGUUUAUCUUGAAACACUUCUACACUCAACGGUGUGCGGGGAUAUCACAGUAAAACGAGG